AUGCGGCGGCGACGGCCGCCACCAGAAAGGGAGGAGCGCAGUGCAGCAGCAGCAGCAGCAGGAACAGCAGCAACAGCAGCAGCAGCAGCAGCAGCAGCAGCAGCAGCUCCCAACUCGCGAGUAUCUGCUGCUGCCGACUGCACCCCCGCAUCCUCCUCCUCCUCCUCCUCCUCAGCAGCAGCAGCAGCAGCAGCAGCAGCAGGAGCAGCAGGAGCAGCAGCAGCAGGUGAAAGAUGUGUAGUAAAGAGCAGCAGCAGAUGCCGCAUCAACGAGGUGCCUAUACACCUGAUGGCUUUUAUAUUUCUGCUGCUGUCUGGUGAGUCUCCGCCGCUGCGGCUGUCUUCUGUCUGCAGCUACUGGCGCAGCAUCAUCAGCAGCAGAGCAUACGAAGUGCUGCUGCCGCUGCGGCUCUCUUAUCUAGCCCGAAAACACCAUAUCUACCUGCAGCAGCAGCAGCAGCAGCAGCAGCAGCAGCAGCUGCAGCAGCUGCAGCAGCUGCAGCAGCAGCUGCUGCUGCAGCAGAUGCUGAUACGGAGGGGUUCUGGUGAAACUGCAGCAGAGAAUGGGGCUGAAGAUAGUCCUCUUCCUCCUCCUGCUGCUGCUGCUGCUGCUGCACCUGCUGCUGCUGCUGCUGCUGCUGCUGGAUCUCCCCAGACUGCAGCGCAAGCAGCUGUGCCUGCAUCACAACCAGCAGCAGCAGCAGCAGCAGCAGCAGCAAGUCCUGCUUCUACAGCAGCAGGAACACUGAGUUGUGUGGAUACAUCAGCAGGAGCAGCAGCAGCAGCAUCACCACCAUCAGCAGCAGCAGCAGCAGCAGCAGCAAUAGCAGCAGCAACAGGAAUGAGUGCAUCAGACGCAGCAUCAAUAUAUACACAAGCAAUACAAGGGGGGCUGCUGCUGCACGGUGGUGUGUCUAUAUGUGGUGCUGCUGCUGCUAGCAGCAGCUUCUGCUGCUGGUUUCUCUCGCUGCUGCCAGCAACAACCAGAGUGAUUGUGCUGCUGCAGCAGGGCGAAGCAAAUCUCUCCCUAUUGGAAGCAAUAGGCCGCCUGCUGCUGCGCAGCAGCAGCACGCUGCAGCAGCUCGUUCUGCUCGAUAGAAGAGCAGCAGCAACACUACUCACACCACCACCACCUCCUCUUCCUGCUCCUGCUGCUGCUGCUGCUGCUGCUGCUGCUGCUGCGGUGGCGAUGCCGCACCUUAGAGGGCAGGAACAGCUGCAGGUGCAGCAACAGAUGCAGCAGCAGCAGGUACAGCAGCAGAUGCAGCAACAACAACUGCAGCAGCAGCAGCAGAAGCAGCAGCAGCAGCAGCAACACAGGUCCCGCCUCUCACUGCAGCUGAGGAGGAACGAAUAG